GUCUUUCUAAGACCUCCUUGUAACCAAAAAAAAAAAAAAAAGGAAGUCAACUAUGUCCAAGUCAAAAAAGAAAUAAGCUGGCACCAGGAAACAAUCAUACAGGUGAGUGGCAGCUGCUUGGCAUGUGCGCCUGGCGCGUGUACACUAAAAGACAAGUUGCAAAUAAAUAUAACAUUAAUCAUAGAGGUUCUCAUUUAGUCAUUUUCAACCUCACAUUCACAUUGCACCAGGUACUGAGAAUCUAUCUGUACUUGAGAGUUGAGAGUUGAGAUCUAGGAAGGCAACUUUCAACAGAUCGAGCAAAGCAAAGCAAAUAUGGCUUCUCUGACCACUGAAGCAGCAGCAGCCAGUUCCUCAUCUUCUUCUCUCCCACGUUCUUCUACUGACCAAAAUCAUUACACAUACGAGGUCUUCCUGAGUUUUCGAGGCGAGGAUACACGCUUUAAUUUUACAGAUCAUUUGCACACCGCUUUGUGCCAGAGGGGAAUCGAGACCUUCAGAGAUGAUGGGCUCAGAAGAGGAGAAGAAAUAUCAUCGGCUCUUGUCAAAGCAAUUAAGGAGUCCAGAGUUUCAAUUAUUAUCUUCUCUCAAAAUUAUGCUUCCUCAAGGUGGUGCUUAGAUGAACUGGUCGAGAUACUUGAAUGCAGAAAAUCCAAAGGACAGGAGGUCAGAGCGGUGUUCUACAAGGUGGAUCCCUCAGAUGUACGACACCAAAGAGGUGCUUUCGGUGAUGCAUUUGCUACACUUGAUCAAUGCAAAUACAAGAAUAGCAUGGACCAAAGUCACACGAAACGCGGAACGCUGCGGUACGGGAACGCGGUACGGGUACGCGGUACGCUAGUCUUCAGGAUUCCGGUGAGUCGGUGACGCCGUGUUUUUGAUCUGUUUGACUGUUUGAGACUUGAGUUGUGAAUUUGUGAUUGGAAUGGGCUCUGAGUUCGAUUGCCAACACCAUGGUUCGACACUUCGACAACAGAUCAAAAACAC